AGUGUUUCUUCCUUUCUUUUUUCUUUUUUUUUCAGAUGAGCUGUGUGCCAGCAUCGUGCGUUCCCACAGAGAGACCAGCCAGUACAGAGUGGAGGAGCUGCAGGCUCUCAGAUGGAAACUGCUCAGCAGAGAUGAGAUCCAAGCUUACCAGAGCAAAUCGGUGGACGAGAUGUGGCAGCACUGCGCCAUCCGACUGACUGAAGCCGUGCAGUACGUGGUGGAGUUCGCAAAACACAUCCCAGGUUUCCGCAUGCUGAGCCAGAACGACCAGAUUGCUCUCCUGAAGACUG